AAUGAUACCCCUCAGGAUCUAGCGCCUCCCGUCUUCCUGCUCCUCGGUCGUGAACCAUGAAUGAACUGCACGUGUAAUUUAGCAAUGCAUAUAAAUUAUAGCUAUAGUUAACCUGUGACGAGGAUGUGUAGUGCAGCACAACAUAUUGGUGCAAGGCUUGCUCUGCAUUAUAUCACGCGAAAUGGUCGGAGGUUAGCAUGGCCGGCUCUGUUGUCCUGGAGGGAAAUAUCUUCGGGCUCUCAUUACACAAGCGAGCAGCAGGACCUCGUUCUCCAAGUGUUAAAUCAAUCAACGGAGAAGGAACUCAAGAAACUGUCCAUUGGUCCUGCAAGCAUCCUGCGGAUAAUGCACCACCGGGACGAAAACGGCAACUUCGAGACUAUAGACCAUUUACUUUCGAUAAAAGGGCUUCAAGAGAAAGGAUUUAGGAAGGUUUGUGAUGCCAUUCUCCAUGGGAAAAGGCCUCAAGAAAAAGCUCCGGAUAAGAGCAGCAUCAUUCCCUCUUUGCAACAAGAAAGGAUUGAGAGAAUUCAGGACGUGGUGGCCAUAGACGUUACUCCUCCAUGCAUAACGUGGGCACAUCUCAACAUUGACAAAGAGGUGCUGUCCUGGCAAAGACACAAAUUCCUAGACGAUAAGGCACGGCAUCACCUUCAUACCUAUUACGAUGCCGUUCAGAAGGUAUUGCCCAGUAUUCCACCAGCCAGCCUGUACGUAGUAGAGCAGAAAACAGUGCGACAAAAACAGAAUGCCGAAAACAUGCAGAUACGGACCCAGUUUGCGAUUCAAGCAAUGCUGGUCGCACUCCUUAGCCACGGCAAGCAUCAUCAACCCCAGGUGGUGUCUAUAAAGUCUGCUGCCAUCACCCAAAUCUUCCAGCUUGGAGUUGGAGGGGAAAGGGUGUCUGGACAGUCUAUUCUGAGAGAGAUGCUGCAGUCACAGUCACUGAAAAUGACACCAGUCCAGCGGGCUAGUUACGAAAAAGAAGCUCCCGUCAACCGUGAAGCUAUCUGUUCUGUAGUUCUCCUGGCUGAUGCAUUUUUCCACCUUAUAAAGACUUGAUGCCAAGUAUGCAUACCCAACGUGUAGCUGUUCCUGUAUUUCACGCAGGACUACAUUGAGACAGUAAUUAUGACAGAAUAAAUGAAUUUUAAUUAGGUCA